GUAGUUAUCUUGACCGCAAACCCGGUGUGGAAAAGUAAACAAUUUGCAAAGGAAAUAGCACUAUUUCAUAAUUGUUUUAUGGUUCAACACGAAUUGUAAAUGUUAUAUGUAUAUAUCUUAUAAUGUUAUGAUGUUUCAGACCAAUAGAUUUUAAUCCCACACGACGGCGACUCCUUGUGGCUACUCAAUCAAUGAGGCUGUAGUUAGCGCCGAGUGCGGUUGGCAGGGGAAGCUGUUGUUAGCCAUUGUCCACAGGCAGCUAAGUUGCUACAGUCGGUGGUAGCGGUCCUGCUGAGACUUGGCAGAAAGCACCAGGGUCGCAGACAUGCCAAGUCUAAAGCUGAUAUCUGCGACUGACACACAGUAUUCAGCAGCUGUGCUGAAGUCAAUGAAUGAGCAGCGAAGCCAUGGAUUAUUUUGUGAUGUUACCAUUAUCAUACAAGAAAGGAAAUUCAGAGCUCACAAAACAAUCCUGUCUGCAUCAAGUACAUAUUUCCACCAGCUCUUCAGUGUUGCAGGACAGGUGAUUGAGUUAAACUUCAUCAGAGCAGAAAUCUUUGAAGAGAUUCUCAAUUAUAUUUAUACCUCCAGGAUUUAUCGGGUCCGCUCCGACAUGCUCGAGGAGCUCAUAAAUGCUGGGCAGAUACUGGGAGUCAAAUUCAUUGCCAACUUGGGGUCACCGCUGUCACAAGUUAAGGGUCUGCCUGGUUUGUCUAAGGAGACAGAAAACAAAAAUGACACAUCCACAGAGAUGAUGCCGAUCAUCACAGAGUCAUUCUCAAUAUCUGCGGAGGAAUUCAAUCAGCCAAGCAGACCUGCAGGCAAUGAGGAGGAUUCGGACAGUGAUGUUUUGUUUGUCUCACAAACAGAUGCUCAGUGCCGUCCCAAUCAGAAAUCCAGCUCUGGUGAGGUCAUUGAUUUAGAUUCAUCUGAAUCAGAAAAUGUAGCAUCAAAGCAAAGUGAAGAAUCAAAUCAAGCAGUUGCAAAACAUGCAGAAAAAGACCAAACCCCUGUAGGAACACAUACUGCAAAGCCCCCCAGCAUCAGUUGUCCAAAUCCUAGUUUGCCCAACACCAGCCCUCUGCGCAGUCCAGACAGCAGCUCAAAUAACUCAUCUUCCCCUGCAAGAGUUUCCUCAGGAAGUGCUACCACAACUCCAGCCAGGUCAAGCAGUUUCACCCCUGAUCCCUUGAGUGCCUCUCAGCCCUCUGAAAACAGUGAUAUAAUGGGAGUCCACAAGAAACAAGUUUCGACUUCAUCUCAGCAAGGGGAUUUCAAAAUAAUGCUUUCGGAUGUGUCUGAAGGCCAAGCAAAUAAAACAAACAUUCCCAAGACGACUAUAGCAGCGAAGAAGACAGUACCGUUCAAUGCAGCCACAGAGAUUGAUUCAAUUUCAUCAGGCUGUAAAGUGUAUGCCAAUAUUGGAGAAAAUACUUAUGAUAUUGUCCCAGUGAAGGAAGAUCCAGGUGAAGGAGGCUCUAAAGCCAAUAAAGGGAAGAGGUCAUUAAUGGCAACGCCUUUAAAACCCAUGGAUAAAACAAGCCCCAACAAGAAGAGGACCAAAACAGAGCUCGAGGAUCACUAUGAGCUGAUCAUGGAUGGGAAGACUUUCUAUGUGUGCAUCGUCUGUAAACGUCCCUAUGUGUGUCUGACAAGCCUGCGCCGUCACUUCAACACCCACUCGUGGGAAAAGAAGUACCCAUGUCGGUACUGUAACAAGGUCUUUGCUUUGGCUGAGUACAGAACAAAACAUGAAAUCCACCACACAGGAGAGAGGAGGUACCAGUGCUUGGUGUGCAAUGAAAUGUUUAUGAACUACCAAGUAUUGUCAACCCACUGCAAGCAAGUCCACAACCAGGAUCCCAGCGGGAGGAAAGAGAAGGACGACACAGACAACAACUUAUACCGACUACUGCCGUGUAAAACGGUGCAGAUGAAACCAUACUCAUGGACUACUGACGGGCCGGGGGUCCCUGUCAUAUCCGAGGAUGGAAGCGUGCAUCAUAUAACCACCACUGGAGAAGACGUCCGCUCUUCCACCCAAACCAGGAUGCUGAACUGGGAUGACAUAUUUGUUGAGCCCAAUGCCCACAUGCCUCCUGAUGCUGAUGUCCGACCGGGGUCAACCAUAAACACUCCUCCACAGGGAGCCACAGAGUUUGACUUUGUUAUACCAGAGACCUACUGAGCAACACUGACUGCUUCUUUACCUGUGCCUUUUAGGUGCCUCAACCCUUUUUUUUGCUCUUUGGUUCCAUGUCAACAAUAUUCUUCCCUUCAGUUUUUUCAAAAUUUUUGGUGUUAUGUGCUGAACGUGGUGAUGAUGCAUGCGAGAAUAAUGUCAGAGUCGCGCAGGUGAAAUUGAUCAACGGUGAACUCGAAUUUGUGAGUAUGCCAGAUCCAGCUCUAGAUUACACCAACAGGAAACAAAAGCUUGAAUUUGUCAGUCGUACCAGAUUCAGCUGAAGUUAAAUGGAGACGGAGGGAAUAUUGCAGGACAGAAUUGCAAGGUGACCAUACAUUGAUUCAUGUUACUCUGCUUGUGUAAUAGCCUUGAUCUUUUUGUAUAAUUGCAGUUCAUGAUAAAAACAUAGAAGUUGUUCAAACGCAGUAAAAUUGUUAAGAAAAUAAUUAAAGUAAAUUUCAUACCAGAAGCAAAAACUGCCCUGGAAAUAUUGGGUGGAUGAGUGUAUCAACAUAUAAAUCAAUAGUCAAACCAACAGAGUGUGACAUGAGCAACCAUUACCAACAAAAUCAGCUGACUACCACCUUGAGCCUAACUUAAGAAUGGCUAAGAUGUAAAGAGCAAAGAAUUUAAUAUUCCACUGCUGUAUAAUGUUUUUGUUAACAUUUUUCCCUCCUCUCAGAACCCUUCUCAAACAUUUAUUGCAAUUUACAGUCAUGCUGUGUUCCUCUGAAACUGUAAGAAACGUCCACACCAGUGACAACACCUUUGGCUUGAGCCAGUAAUUAUCAUGCAUUCCUAGUAAAGAUCAUAACAGCCUACUUGCUGUUGGCUAUAUUGCAUGUCAUUUCUAGUAAAGAAACAUCUAUAUGUUACAAUAUAAAAUGUGUGUUUUCUGUUUAAAAAAAAAAAAAGUACAAAUGUCGGAAGAUAACAAAUAGUCAUACCCGUCACAAACACCCAUCUUUUACUCGAGUGGUUAGCACUACCUGUCCAGUCUGGUCUUGAGCACGCAGCUGAUACUGCAGGUUUGUGGUAUGUUCACCUGGUGUUACAAGUGAUGUGGUCACAUGCUGGUUUGCUGUGGACCCAGUGUAGGAUUUCACUGUAUGAGGCGAAUUACAGCUGUGCAGACUCAGACUAAUGUUGAUUUCUUUUGGUCUUCAGUUUCAAAUUUUGUAUUGCCCUGAAGAUUUCUGUACAAGGAAUGAAAUGCGACAUUUGAAUGGUUUUCUCUGUUUCAACUCUGGUUUUUGUUUUUUAACCCAUGUUGCCUAAAUCUGUCGAUGACAUUAAGCAGCCUGUUGAGCUCCAUUUAUUAAAAUGGAAAUGGGGCUACCUAUUUAAAAUAUAUGAACUCUCAGCUGAUUUUUUUUUGUGUGUGUAACCAUUAUGGUGUCGCAUAUUGAGAUAUAACAAGAUUACAUGAAUUUUAAAUCAAUUGACAGCAGCCGCAUCAAUCGUGAAUCUCAAGUCUGUUUUGGAGGAUCAGAUGGAGAUUUUAGCAGACUGAACUGAUCAUUCCUGGUAUUCAUUUUAGAGAGAGACCAUUUUAAACCUAAUUCUGUAUAAGAGAAUGUUAAUUAUGUUGUGAAAUAUAUUUUUACAUUGUCCGAUUGCUGCCUGUCCCACAUGUGGGUGGCAGGGAAGAUGUACAGUGGUUAUUCGUCAGUGACUGGAAAUCCAGGCAUGAUUUAUUUUGUGUUCAUUAAGCACUUGUUUUAUUUUGAUACACCUGUAAUUUGCCAUUAUAUAACAUGUUAUCGUAAUACCAAAAUCUGCCAGCUACAUAGCGGAGGCCAGAGGUUUUGCGUACUAAUGGGACAAUAAGAGUGACAUAAACUGAGGAUUAUUUCAGUCUGUACACAUUAGCACUUGGCUUUUGAUCUUUUUGUAAUAUUUUUACUUUUUCACUUUUUACCAUUGUCUCAAAAUGUAGUGAUUGGUAAGUAUGAGUAAAAAAGAAGUAGCAUAAAUAUGAGAGUCUUUUUAGUGUAAUUCAGUAAAAUCAUGCUGGCUUUAGAUUAACUUGGUGUGUGAUGUACAGUGUAUAUUUUUUUUCUUACUAUUUCAGAUGGAUUUUUUUAGGUCUAUAGCAGUAGACAAAAUGAAAUAGUUAUGAAAUACUGCUGCCAUUGUACAACCUUGUACAAAAUGUUCCUUUUCUGUCAUUUGGCAAUUAAGGUUCCCGGAUGGUAAAUAAAUUAUUCUUUUACAAA